GUGGGAUUCGAGCAGCAGAAGCAGCAGCAGCCGUGAAAAGGGGUUAGAAUUAACAUAACACGGAUACCUAGAGUGGGUUUCAGUGGGUCAUGAUGAAGCACUUUCUCCCGCUGAUAAUCAUCGUCGUCAUUGUGGCUCCCUGCGGAGUGCUGUCAGCAGCCGGUCGUCGUCAGCUGAGAUCGGACGUGGUCUACAAUGAACGGAAUCACAAGGAAGGACGUUACAAGUACGGCUAUGCGGUGAAGCAGGGCGAGUCUCAGUUCCACCAUCAGCGCUCCUUGGAUGGCGCAAUGUACGGAUGUUACGGCUAUGUCGAUCCCCAGGGAAAGCUCUUCAUCACGCAUUAUCUGGCCGAUAAGGCGGGCUACCGGUUGGUCAAUAUGGAAGAUCCGGAACGGCGGCUGGCGGAGAGUAUCAGGAGCAGUGGCUCCGCUGAUAACCCCAUUGAUCUGCAGGAUCUUUUCCCGACCGAAUGCCAGUCGGACAGUAGUGAUAUCAAGAUUCUAAAAGAGAUGGCCGAAGAGAUGCAGGCAUCGAUGGCUAGCGAUAUAGACAAAACGAAACAAACGCCAGAACGUAAUUCAGUAGUUCAACCUGAACCUACCAAAGGCGAUGCAUCUGAUAGGAAGGCUCCAGCAAAACCUAGUUUUGUUCCGAAGAAAAAAUCUGAGAUGGAAUCGACUGGGAUGAAGAGCACUGAAAUGAUUUAUCCGAUUCACGAUGAGAUGAAAAACAAUUCAGACGAUAUGGAAAAACAACAGAGUUCAGAUAUGAUUGAUUCCUCCAAACUUGUCGGUGACAUCAAGCAUGACGCAAAUGUAAAUGAUGAUAACAAAGAAGCAGACAGUGGUGAUUUCGUUAUUGAACACAAUACAAGUCCUUCAAAACAUUAUAAGGAACCACAUGAGCAAAUGUUUGAUGAAGAAUUUCCGAUUGAUAAAAUGUCAGCACCUGUCGAAGAAAAAGAUGAUUUAGAUAAAAUGAAUACUGAAAUCGAAAUGGAUGAUCAACGGAAACCAACCGAAGAAUUAGAGCAAUCAAAGCAAGCCUUGGAUGACAACCCUACCAAGGAUAACGAAGAAGUACUUAUGAAUGACGAUUCGAACGACCAAAAGGCAGACACAGAUCUCUUGGAUGAUUUCGCAGAGAAACAACUUCAAGAUGACAAGUUGACUGCCGUAAUGAAUGAAGAAAACCCUAUCGUUGUCGUGGAUUCCGAACCUCUUUGGUCUGACCAAGAGCAGACCAACAAUCCGGUUAUGGAUGACUCUGCAAAGGAAGAAGACAGUUCCAAUCCGAAUGGCCAUGCUGUUCCAAUGGAUUCCCACCUGCCUAUGGUAAGUGGUCCAGAUGAUAUCAACGACGACAUUACGUUACACGACGCUUACAGAUCUAUCGUUGGAUCUCUGCAAGAUUCAGCUCCAGCGAAUGGUAAGGUCAAAGAAGUUGCCGGAGAAAAGGUUAUAGGUAAUGAAGAGAUGUUAGCUGAGGGUAUGGACAAUUUACGAAUGGACGCACAGAUGGCUCAAGAUAUUGAACAAAGUGAUCAAGAAGAUGAAAUCAAUCCUGACAAUCCUAAUGCUGUGAAAACCUUCAGAGGUAAAAUCAAAUAUGCUCAUUACGCUAACAAUUUAAAUAAAGUCGGAGAAAGUAAAAUUGAGGGAGUUUCCAAAAUCAUGGAUAAACCAUUGAUGGAUCAAAUUCACGAUGAUAGUUCUGUUCCGGUAGCUGAUAGUAUGCAAGAUUCAAGCACGAGUUCUUCCAAGGAAGUAACCGAUGAAGAGUCAGGAAUUGAAGACGAAAAUCGUUCCGAUAGUCAAAUGUCGAAUAACGAAUCGACAACUUCUAUAGAAGGUGAGGUUAAUGAUGAAGAUUUUUCAGUCAGCGAGCAGUUGUUAAAGGCUCAACUUGAACAGGCUUCGAAGAUAAUCGAUGAGCAAAGUCCGGGAUCAUUAGUUCAAAAAAUUGUCCCUGGCGUAAGACAACAAUCACCUCCAAUAACGGUGGGCAAAAUCUUAACCGAACUUGAAACAAUGGAGACAGAACGUGUCAGCAACGAUAAUGAACAAUCUGCCGGAGAGGUUCCUUCUCCUGGAUCAUUCCGAGCUGCCGCCGAUGCACAUGCCUUAUCAGAUGGUGAGCCAGGUAUCGAAUUCCUGAAAGCCAUGCGUCUUCCUGCAACUCCUCGUACGACACAACAGUACAACAUCGUGCCCACAACUUAUAGCGGGACAACCCCACGACCACCAAUGCACCCUCGCCCAACAACUUUGUUCAAACCUUCAAUAUCUAGCCAGCAAGCCCUCACGGUGACUCCCGAUUCGACAACCAUUCCACCCAAAUUUGGAACAUCGGUCGGCCCUGGAGGAGAUAUUUACGAUGAAAUUGAGGAAGACCCAGAGCCUGUACUCGCAAUGUCCCGACCGUCUCACAUGAAACCACAAGUUGUAGUUCAACCUAGCAGUGGAACAUCCGUACCCGUAAGUAUCCAAACAGGCAGUACCGGAACUACCGUCGAGCCUUCCUCAUCUUGCUACGAAGUGAUCCUUCAGGUUCCGGCCGAUGCUAAACAGAUCAUCAUCAAAACCGAAGCUGAAGAACUUAAAGCCUACGGUUCUGGUGAACCCUCUGAUCGCAUCAAGCUUCUGGAACCGGGGGUAUACGAAGUCAACGUUGGAGCUACCAAGGGAAUCAAAUUUGAACAGUACCACCACUAUCCCCACAAAGAAUUCCCGGAAAAGAUCGAACUAGAUCUCGGGCAUGGUUUCAACUACGGGGAUCUAGUUCCAAAACCUCUAUUUAGCAUAGCUCAAGAGCAACAACUCCAACUAGCUCGCACUGGGCUGGUAGCUCUCAACAACCCUUAUCUACCUUUGGGAGGCCUCGCUGACCCUUUCCGCAGUUCCGAUGAACCAGUUGAAACGAAGUUUCCAGACCAACCAGUUGCCCUGGUGGCCUUCAAUGGAGAAAGUCCACCCUUGACAAGCGACCAGAGAGUGUUGCUCAGGCUGGUGCCCUCCUGGAGAAAAGUCCUGUUUUACUAUUAAUCUUAAGACAAAUUAAUCAAUUAACUCCAACCGAUUGUAUCAAUCCUCUGAGCCAGUGUUAAAAACCUCCGUGAAAAAAAUAAAUCCCGUCAACGAAUUUGUACAGCUUCCUCAAAAUAGACGCACAAAAAAAAACGUAACACAAACGCGCGUAAACCUCACUAGACUUCAUUUCUAAUGAAGAUGUUGCUGCCAACUUUAUUGUUUGCUUAUUUUUAUUCUCCUUCAUUCAACUAAACCCGUAGUAAACUUAAGAUGACAGUUUGACGAGGGCGCAAAAACUUAGAGAGAAGACU